UGACACUGCAGCAUCCUGGCUAUGCCAAAAGGCUUAGCGGCCCUUCCAGUUGAGCAUAAUAGUACUAGCGUGCGAGCUAUUCUUUAUAAUGCAGUCACAUGGUUCCUAAAUCUUAUCGAUUUCAAAGCUCCUUGCUCUACAGAACUCCAUAAACUCCCUCCCUAAUGAUAUCGCAAAGCCAUGGCUACAGCUUCGUUCACUCUCUUCCCGAACCUUCCCCCAGAGCUCCGCCACCAAAUAUGGCGAUACGCUCUACCUGACAAAAUUAGACAAGCUUUAUACGUCUACCAGGCGGACUGCUUGAAGCUUAAACGCCUGAAAGAAGGCAGCAGGGACUAUAUGAAUAGUGAUGCGGGGCUUGACUUACUUUACGAAUGGUGCCCCUAUUUAUUGGACCCUAAUCCUAUCAAAGUUGAGGUGCCGCUCCUCUUUGUCAGCUCUGAAGCCCGUGGCAUUACCUUAGCCUGGAUGCGAGGGCAAGGUCUCAAGAUACACUCCUACAAAGCUGGGCAAACCCCUAUUGCUAUACGCCCAUUUGACCCAGAACAUGAUACACUAUACAUCCCGUAUGAUUACUGGGGAGGGUUUUUGGACUAUACGCUACAUUCACUGGCUCAAUACGACGAAAUUUAUAACUAUGACCUCUUAGGCCUUAAACGCAUCGCCGUGUCUGAAGGUCUAAUUCUGGACCAGGAACGCAUAUCCGAGACUUGGCUCUUGUACUGUGGUCUCGAAAAGGUAUUCAUCAUUCCCAACGCGCAGUCAGAUAUGCAGCCCGAGGAGCAUGGCCGAAAAGUAAAAGGUCGGUUAGAGCUUCACGACAUUCAGGGACCGAUGCGUUUUUGGAAUAAUGACCGUGGAUGCUUUGAGUGGGAGAAUAGUGCAGAUGCCGGCGACGAGACCCUGAAAACGGCGAUGGAGAAGGCCUGUGAUGGGCUAGAUGAAUGGCUUCAAGAUAGCGAGAACACAUUUGAGGUCCGGGCUGCAUCCGUCGUUAGAAAAUGAACAGAGACCGCCUCGCCUGAGAUUCUAUGCGGACUGUGAUCGAAACAUAGCUUGCCUUGCGGCUAGAAGGAUCCAUAAUCUAGUUGAAACUUUUGAAACACAAGAUGUACAGGCAGCCUCCCCAUCUUUAUAUUCCAGCAGUUUCAGGCAGAUAGAUUAGAGCCCGCGGCCCACUUGUCUCUUUCAAUUUAUUCCAUAUGAUCUUCAAUCCCAUGCGGAUUUUCGAGAUCAGGCAGAGCAGCCAUUACCAACCCACGGUUACCUUCC